UCAGCCAUAAUCAUCUUUGCGCCACAACUGGUUAACUGGAAGAUACAAAACAGUUCAGCAGUGAUACAUAGUACAUACAGCACGGCUGAGACGUGUCUCUUAAUUCCAGGGAACUAGCCAUUCUGGUACCGUCAAUAAUAGUAACAUGAGAUCUACGACAAGAUCUCUCUGUUCUCUUCUCCACCCCCCACUCCACCCCGCUGACGUUUGCAGUCAGUUCUGAAAAAAAAAAUCGAUGCCUAUAAAUGACCGCUUGUAGAUGAUAUUACCAUCACAGUUUCAGUGUUUUACUGAAAAGGUGGAACACGGAAAACUGAAGUCAACAUGACUCCAAAGCUCAAAACAAGUUUGAUGGCACAGGCUGUUAAGCUGCAAAUCCUCAAAAGAAAGUUGAGUGAAGUCACUGGCUUAAGGGCUGGAGAUGGUGGAGUAGAUCAACGGUUCAGGUCACUGAGCGACCUCCUUCCGACCCUGGAUAAGAACAGCGUAAUCAAAACCAUCAAGAAGGCAAGAUCGUGUAGCGCUCUUUUCCAAGCGGUCAACCACAAGGUGAAACUAGUUUCAUGCCCCAGCAGUGAAACUAGUAAUCUGACUGCAAGUCCGGGAAAGUGCAGCACCUUGGAGAGCGACACUACGGGCACUGGUGCUCAACGUGCCAACUCGGCAGCUCCAAAUCAACAUCCAGAAGAAUCAGCAAACUUCCCAUCUAGCUUUUCGUGUUCUGCAAACAGCGCCUGCCUUUCAGAUUCCUCAAAGGGAAAUUCUGAAGUGACCUGUCCCGGCUGUACACAGAAGUUGAAAACUAGCAAAUGUAUACGUUUGGUUGUUUUGGGCUCCUCCGGAGUGGGAAAAAGUUCUUUAGUAAGAAGACUCUUGAGAGGUAAUUACGAAGAGGGAUAUCAGCCAACUGUCGAGGACUUUCACCGUAAGGUUUACCUCAUCAAUGGUAACCUGUACCAGCUAGACAUUUUGGACAUGUCUGGCAGCAACACCUUUCCAGCCAAGAGGCAGCUGUCCAUAUUAACAGGUGACGUAUUUCUCUUAGUUUUCAGUCUGGAUAGCGUUUCUUCAUUCCUGGAAGUGUGCUCUCUGCGAAAACAAAUCUUGGAAGUGAAAUCUAAACUGGGGAAAGCAGACGAAAGCAAUCUUGUCCCCAUGGUGAUCUGUGGCAAUAAACUGGACUUGGGCUAUAACAGGGCUGUGUCCCAAGAAGAGGUAAAUAGGAUUCUGGGGCAUGGAAGCAAUUUCUUUGAGGUCUCUGCCAAAGAGGGAAUGAGCACAGAGGAGAUGUUCCAUACCUUGGUUCGGAAAGCGGGACUGCCUGUGGAAACUAGUCCAGCCCUUCAUAGAAACAUCUCUGUUAAUUAUUUUCAUCAAACGAGGUUAGAAGCCAAAGGCAAAAAAUAUAUAGAUGCCUGCGGAGCAGUAUUCCCCUGUGCAGUCAGACCAAGCAUUGACAGCGACCUGAAACAAAUCAUGAAGCACAACGUGGGCAGGAGGAAAAAUAAACUGGAGAAAUGUAAUAUACAGUAAAAAGAUAUCGAUCACAGGCAAUAUUUUUGCAAGGCAAACCAAACUUCUGUUUUUUUCCACAUGUCUACGUGUGAGGUGAAACUAACUACGAAGGCUUUUAAGUUGUGUGCGCUUGUCGCCUGAAAUAUGCAUUGCAAUUAAUUUAUUUGUUUCGCCCUGUCUACAAAGAAGCCUUGUUACUGUCACAAUUAUUCAAUAUCUGAGACACACUUUGACUUAACAAGGCUCAUCAGCGGUUACACUUUAAGUUGUCAUUAAAAGGUGCUUCCUUGACAGCCAUGGCGAUUCACAAUGAUACAGGACAAUUGCUGAAAACGCAGUUCACUGUAACCACGGCAAUAUGUAUCAAUUUACUUUCGAAAUGUUAUUUUGUAUAACUGUUUGCAUUGAUAAUUAUAUGCAAUUAUAAUUUAUAGCUAAAAUUCAUUAUUUUUAACUCAGUUAUGUCAUGGGAUACUACUAUUAACCCUUAAUAAAAUGUUAAGGCUAUCUCGACUGUUUUGUUAACCUAUGUUUUGGUUCAAUAAAGACUCGAUGAAAAAAGUUUAUUAAAUACCGCGGUGGGAUCAGAGAUGCAGCUUCCAAUAGACUGGACAAAAUGAUAAUCAGCUUACUUUGCACUUUUUUCCAUAACUGCAAAUGCUGCAGAAUAUGACAGCUAUGAUUAACUACUGACAGCGUAUAACAUUGUCUAAUGCACUAUCAAAAUUGUUAUUUUGUUGCACCUUUGCCUGGCGGGAACAAAUUCUUCUGAAAAUGAGGACACAUUUGUUUUAGUAAACUGAUUCCAGUUUGACGGACUUUAAUGCAAUGUUUGUUUUGUGGGGGUUACCGUAGACUCCAAUACAAUUGAACCUAUGAAAAAUGUACAGGCUACUGAGACUUCAAACAGUUGCCGUUGAACAUACUAA